CAUAGUUCACUGUGCUUUUAUAUUUGCUAUCCACAGAGGAGUUAAGACAUUUUAAAGAAGAGCAAAACACGAAAAAAACAAAACAAACAACAACCGUACGAACCCAGGGACUGUACCCAGGAACUGGAAGACCAAAAUACCGAGUCGUAAUGAAAUCAUAUCAGACGUUUUUGAAUGACAACAGACUAAAAGAUUUGUAGACAGAUUUUGUUAGCGGUUAGCUAGACCGGCUAUCAAACCAGUAUUAACUUGCGCGUUUUGUUUAGCUAACCAGCUAGCGUUAGCUACGAGCUGCGUCUCAGCUGCAUACUGCCUUUCAUGGUAGGACGAGGUUGUUAUCUGAGAGUCCAACACAGUCGCUAGAUAUCGUAUUGCCCAUGAUAUGAGAUGCGAUAGUAGGAAGGCAGCCGCCUGAUUUAAUCAAAUCUCAAAAAAAAAAAAAAAAAGACCAGAAAAGGUAAAUGAUUUAGACAAAGAUAUUAAAUCCAGGGACUGAUUCAAACGUCUCACCACUGGCUUAUCUUUCCCAGUCAGAUAUGUCGUAGUUGCACACGGCAAAGAUGUAUUUUGUCCGUACUUCUAUUCAACUUGGCUACUAAAUUGAAGAUCUUUUACUGAAAAGAAGACACUUUUUACAUCAUUCACAUAUUUCUGUAGGCGUGUAGACGCCUGCUGUUAUAGGUUCUUACCAUGGAUGAAGGCACUCUGGAACAAGCCAUCGAAACCUACAACGCUCAGCUGCAGCAGGUGGAGGCCGCACUGGCCUGCGGCCUGAGCUCAUCAGAGCAAACGGACCUCCUCACCUUGAAGGAGGACCUGUCACAGCUCAUUGAACUCACAAAGUCCAGCCUGGUGUCUGUGAAAAAGAGCCAGCUGCUGGCUUCUCUUGAGGAUCCUGAGACACACCAGAGUGCACCAGCUGACAGCCAAGAGCAGACCAAGGACGUCACUUUAGACGACGAGUUUGCUGCCUUCUACGCUGAGGUGUCUGAGGGUACUGGGGAGGUAAUGCGGAGCCCUAAGCCUGAUGAUGAGGAUGAUGAUGACGAGGAAGAAGAUAUAAGUGGCACUAAAGUACAAGCUCCUUACCGCACGUCAUGGGGGACUCUCGAGUAUCACAAUGCCAUGGUAGUGUGCUCAGAGGAGCCGGAUGGGGAGGAAGCUAGAGUGAGAGUGCUUUACCUACACCCAACACACAAAGCCAUGAAGCCCUGCACUUAUUUCCUGGAGGGGAAGUGCCGUUUCAUGGACUCCUGCAGGUACUCUCAUGGCGCAGUGGUGUGUGCAUCUGAGCUGAGGAACUUUCUUGAAGCAGACCUUUCAAACUUGCAGGAGGGGUCCUCGUGCUUAGCUAAGCAUGAAGAUGGCAUAUGGUAUCCUGCCAAAAUCACAGGAAUCGAGGGUGGUGUCUACACAGUGAAAUUUGAUUCAUUGCUCCUGAAGGAAGCUGUCCUGGAGGCCGACAGUAUUAUGCCUCCUUUGCGGCAGGACGAGUCCUCUUCUUCCUCCUCUGACUCAGAAGACGACCCUGAGCAGUGUUACACGGGUUAUGCUAAAGUUUUUAGUUCCUAUAAAGAGGAGGACACGCCCCAGGUAAACAGCUCUGAGUUCUGCGGCUGGGAAGCACAUACCCGAGGCAUAGGCUCCAAGCUCUUGCUGAAGAUGGGCUAUGAGUUAGGGAAAGGUUUGGGGAAAACACUAUCGGGCCGAGUGGAGCCUGUGCAGGCUGUCGUGCUCCCGAAAGGCCGCUCGCUGGACCAGUGCGCUGAGGUGACUCUGCGCAAGACUCGGGCCGCCAUCACCAAAGAGAACCCAGCCUUGGGCAAACGGAAGACGAAGAGGAAGCAAACUUCCACGUCGUCAAGGCCCAACGUGUUUGACUUCUUGAACUCUAAGCUGGGAGACGCCACUGGGGGUGUUCCAGCUCCUUCAGCUAGCUCCUCGGGUCGUGGGGUGGAGGCCUACCAGGGCGGAAAGGGCACUAAGCGCUCCCUGAACGUUCAGCUCUUUCAGACAGCUGAGAGAGUGAGCCAGGUGGAACGAGAGAUCCAGCAGCUCACUGAGUCUCUGAACAGGCGAAACGGGAGGGAUGCCACCGUACUGAGCCGUUUAGAGGAGAAGCUCUCGGCAUCUCGUAAGCUUCUGCAGCAACUGAGGACUCAAGAGCAGUCAAUCCAGAGAGCUCAGUACAAAGCCAAUACACACAAGAAAAUGACCGAAUUCUGAUCUCGCACAUGGGAGUACAAAUAUUAACCUUAAGCCUUUUUUGUAAUAAUGUUUGGUUAAGGUCUUUUUGAAACAGUGAAGCUUGGCAGAUGUGGCUAAUUUGGGACGUUGUAUUAACAUCAACUCCUCCAGAAGAGAAACAAAGCAACUGUGCAAAUGGCUUUUUACGGUAGCCAGGAUGAUGUUCUAAACUAUAUAAAAAGUUUUGUUCUUUAAAAUUGUUUUUCCAGCAUUCUUCUUAGAACUUUUUUACCAUUUCAAAGUCUCUCUUCAUCUUCAUCCCUUGGACCAGGACAUGAGAUAGAUCACUUCUCAUGAGUUUACUUAAAGUUAUUAAAUUGUGUUCUUUUCACCAUUUGCUCACUCAUGCACACUGACAGUGAAGUUUGUAGGUUGAGUAGCGGCAACGGAGUUGGAGAUGAUGGAAACAGCAGGUGGAAGAGUUGCAUUCUUAAUGUUCUGUAGCCCAGAAAUCAUGGUCUAUGUUUGUGCACUCUGUUGUGUUAUUAAUGUGCUUUAUAACUUCCUCCCAGGAAGACAGAGCAGGGUACAUUAGGCUAAUGAAUAAGCAGCACUUAAUGCUGGAGAAAACACGAUGCUGAGACUUGUUUUCCUCCUCUGUGUGUGGUUUAAAUUAUUUAGAUUUUCAAAACAGCUCCAGGUAUUCAGCUCAGCCACACACAUAUUGUUUUAUAUUGUCUUACAGUGAAAUGUCAGGCAUCUUUAAAGUGGCAUGUCCAUUCCUUUGGACUCUGUCCUUAAUAUAUUCAGUAUCACCCUA